GGGCUCUAGUUUAUUCACUAACAGACCCCUGAAAAGGUUAAACUUACUCCAAUUUGUUAAAGGUAGUGUUUCCAGCAGGCAUGAAUCAAUGUCCCAUGCCCAGACAGCUCCAAGCAGCUCUGUUUUAGUGUCCUUGCCUCUACCCUUAAAUUAACGGUAUGCAGGCCGUUUGACAUCGCUCCAGGGUUCCUCUGGAUCAGCCGCUACAGAUACUACUAGUGUUUCUACACAAGGAGAAAGUAGCUUCCCUGCCACACUUGGCACUUCUGGCCUGUCCACCAGUAAUCAAAGCUCCCCUAGUUUGUACAUGUCCAGCUCCCUGGAAACCUCUGGUGCCUCGAGUCAAUAUGACCCAGGCUCCUAUAACGUGCUCAGUUCUUCAUCUGUUUCUAGUCAGUCUACCAGUGACCAGAGUACCCCCAGUUUGUAUAGUUCUAGCUUUCAGGAAGUUCGGGCAGUUUGUUGGAAGCUUCUGGCUCUUCUUUUCAAGGGGAAGUGGCAGGGCUUAGCUCUCUUGUUGACUUGUCUCCCCAAUCACAAGACAACUCCAGUCAGCUUCUACCCUUACCCUUGGAGGUCUCUAGCCAGUCUAAUAAUGGUCAAAGCACUCCCAGCUUGUUUAUGCUUGGCUCUGAGAGCAGUUCAGAUUCACAGUCAACAGGUCCUGCUUCACCUCUAGACACUCAGGGUAGUCUCUCUCAAAGCAUUUCUAGCCAGUCCACAAGCGUUCAAAGUUCACCUAGUGUGUCUACAAGCACCCAGAGCAGGUCUGCCACUCAAUUCACUUCCAGUAAUUUUUUCCCUGUGCAGGGAGGUAGUAGUUCUACUUCUAGCUUAUAUCUGAAGCCUCAGGGCACUCUGGGUCUGUAUGCCCCUGCGUCCCAUACCAAAUAUGUGAGUUUUCCCAUGUCAUCACACCCAGCUAUUUAUAGCCAGUCAAAAAGUAGCUCUGUUCCUUGGUUUGGGGGCUCUACUGGCUUUGCCUUACAGGGAAUGAGUAGCACUUACAGUGGUUCUGUCCAGCCUCAAGGUACCACAAGUCAGUUUGCCUCUGGGUCCCCAUCCUACUAUCCAAGUGUAUCACUAUCCUCACCCCAAGGUGCCUCCAGUCAGUCUGCUACAGUCCAGAGUUCACGGAAGCAGAUUGCCUCUAGCUAUGGCACCCAGUCAGGGUCCCCUAAGCCAUUCACCCUGCAGGGAAGUACCACUUAUGGUGGGUCACUCCAGCCUCAAGGUACCACAAGUCAGUUUGCCUCUGGGUUUCCAUCCUAUCCAAGUGUAUCACUAUCCUCGCCCCAAGGUGCCUCCAGUCAGUCUGCUGCAGUCCAGAGUUCACAGAAGCAGUUUACCUCUACCUUCACAGGCAACUCUGGCACCCAGGAAGGACCCUCUGCUCCCUUCAAAUGGCAGGGAAGCACCACCUAUGGUGGCUCACUCCAGCCUCAAGAUACCACAAGUCAGUUUGCCUCUGGGUCUCCAUCCUCCUAUCCAAGUGUAUCACUAUUCUCACCCCAAGGUGCCUCCAGUCAGUCUGCUACAGUCCAGAGUUCACGGAAGCAGAUUGCCUCUAGCUAUGGCACCCAGUCAGGGUCCUCUAAGCCAUUCACCCUGCAGGGAAGCACCACCUAUGGUGGAUCACUCCAGCCUCAAGAUACCACAAGUCAGUUUGCCUCUGGGUCUCCAUCCUCCUAUAAUUGUCAUUGUGUAUCGUUGUCCUCGCCCCAAGGUGUUGCCGACCAGUCCAGCCAAGCAUUUCAAAGCUUUUCUGGGUCCCAAAGCCAGAAGUCUCAAAGAUGGCAGCCUUCACAAGGUAUUCAGACCUCAAGUGCAGCUGCAUCACAGGGUAGCUCUCCGUCUCAAAGCUAGCCAAUGCAGAGUUUGUUUCCUUCCCUGUCAUCAGCAGGAGGCUCAUCUUCAGGAGAUC